AUGGAACAUGACAAACAUCCUCUCGAGCCUUCCAGCAGGAGGACAAGCACAACGGCUGCUGGUUCCAGUGGUAACCAUGGCAACACCAAUACCAGCCAUAACGAUAGCAUAAACUCUUCUCACCUCGAUCCCGACAAUGCUGCACAUCGCUCUUCAAGUGAAUCAUACCACCCUCCAUUUCUUGUACGAUCCCGGUCUCAAGCUGAAAAAGAACGCAUGCAACGUCAACUUGAGCAGCAAAAACGUACCAAAAGCCCCUAUGAUACCCUUCGUCGUGUUUACGAGCGAUACUCUACAUCCGCUCUUUUGGAGAACAAAGCAGCUGUGGCUCGAGACCAUUUAGCAAAUGAACGUACUUUUCUUGCAUGGCUACGGACAUCCUUAUCCCUUGUUACUGUAGGCGUUGCAAUUACACAGCUUUAUAAGCUUAGUCCUGAUGGUGUGCAUGCACAUUCGGGGCGUGCUAUUGGUGCUACGUUUGUUGUGCUUAGCAUUGUCUUUUUGUAUAUGGCCAAUGCCAGAUACUUUCAUUCCCAGGUAGCUCUUACCAAGGACCGAUUCCCUGCCAGUCGCGGUGCAGUAUUAUUUGGAUCGACAGCUGUAUUAGCCAUCCUCAUUGCCAUGUUUGUUGUCAUCAUCUUAGACCAAAAAUCAUCAUAA